AUUACAUUGAUGAUGAUUUGAGAUUACAAAAGAAAAUUAUUAGCUUUUGUCCUAUUGAUGGUCAUAAGGGAGAUAGGUGAACUUCUUGAAAGGUGUUUAAAGGAUUGGGGGAUCAAAAAGGCUUUUGCAUUGACAGUGGACAAUGCAUCUGUUAAUGAUGGUCUAGUGAAAUGUCUCAAGGAUUGUCUAAACAAAUGGGGCACAAUCAUUCUUGGAGGGGUUGAGUUGCACAUGAGAUGUGCAACACAUAUUGUUAAUCUUGUAGUUGGUGAUGGGACCAAACUUGUGGAGUCUUCAAUAGUUGCUAUUAGAGCUACCAUUAAGUAUGUGAGGCAAAGCCCUCAAAAGAGUAAAAAGUUCAAAGAAUGUGUGGAAUUUGAGAAGAUUGAGUCCAAGAAGUUGUUGUGCUUAGAUGUUCCACCCAAAUGGAAUUCACUUUACUUGAUGCUUGAUACAAUAGUGAAAUUUGAGCAUGCAUUUGAGAGGUCUAAGUAUGACAAAUAUUGGGGAGAUCCACAAAAGAUGAAUAAGAACAUUUUUGUGGCUAUUGUGCUUGGACCAAGGCGCAAGCUUGAUUUUGUACAAUAUUUAUUGGUUAAGAGAUUUAAAAAGGAUAAGAGAAAGUUGUAUGGAGACAUGGUCAAGCUAGAGUGCACAAAAUUGUUUGAGGAAUAUAGGAGGUUGAGUUACAAUGGAUCAAGUAGUAGUAACUCUCAACAAACUUCUACUGUAAGAUGCAAUUUUGAUAUGGUAAGUAAUGAGGUUAGGUCAUCUACAAGGAGUAGGAGUCAAGUUCUUUCAGAUUACAAGAGGGAUAAGGCUAGCCUUGGUGAGGCUGUGGAAAAAAUAGAGUUCGGUAGAUUCUUGAACGAGGACCCUCCUGAAGAUUCUAAAGACUUUGAUGUUCUUAAAUAGUGGAAGAUGAAUGCACUCAGAUUUUCUAUUCUAGCUGCCAUGGCCAAGGAUGUCUUAGCUAUUCCUAUCUCCAUUGUUACCUCAAAAUCUACCUUAUCCACUGGGGGAAGAGUUCUUGAUUCCUUUAAAAGCUCACUUACCCCAAGAAUAGCCUAAGCACUUAUCUGCUGUCAAGAUUGGUUGAGCUUGACUACAAGGUAUAUUUACUAUAGUUAUUUAAUUUUUCUAUUCGCUAGUUUAUGCAUUAUUUAACAUCGUAUUCUUUUUUCUAAAGAUGUCUCUGAUUUGGAGGACUUGGAUUUGCUGAAAAGCUUGGAGAAUGGUUUUUGCCCUUCCCACUUUGUCCAUUUUCAAUUUAUUUUCAUUUCAAGUUAUAUAUAGCUUUAUGCAAAUUGUGAACUUAUUAAAUUAUUUUGAUAUAUUUUGACUUAUCAAGUUUUGAUAAACUUCAUUUGGAUUCCACCACUAUGGCAUAACAAAGUAGGCAGAACAUGUAUAUGGUAGUAGGGUUAUGGAUAAAGUAAUUGCAUUUUUUUGCUAGCUUUAGCUUGUUUAACUUAAGAUUGUCUUUUGGUUUCACAUUUGAAGUUAAUCAUUGAUUAUUAUUGUAUAAUAACUUGGUUUAUUUACACUUAGCAUACAGAUAAACCAAACUGUAGAUAUGGUCUUCUCUUUUUAUAUAUAAAGGUUUAGGAGCUACUUUCUUUUGUAUUUAAAGCCAUCUUGCUUUGAUGUUGUUGCACUGCACUACACUAACGUUCUACUAGCGUUGGAAGUUUGGGAAAUUGGAAAUACAUGUUGCAUCUCAUC